AUGGCUUCGAACAUUUGCGACAUCGAAAAAUUAGUGAAACUUUUCGAUUCCGCACAAAAUAGUGAACAAUUCGACGAUGAAGAACUUGCACCGUCAAAAACACCAGUUAAUGACGUUAAAUGUUCAAAUUCUACUGACAAAAAAGCAGCAAAUCCCUAUGCAAAAGUUGAAACUCCUAAACGAAAAGAUGUACCAGAUUCGGAGGAAUUUUUCGAUGAAAAUCCAGAAGAACUGGAGCAAAACUGUUGGAAAACUACACCGAAAUGUGACAUUUCUUAUAGGCAAAGUGUCAGCUCGAGCGACAUGUAUUUAGCGAUGGGCUUGAAAAAUCCAUCGACCAGCAGUUGCGAAAACAUGGUGGUAGCCAUUGACCUGCCCGGCGAGAAUCGACAAAAUAUCGAUUUGAAAAUCGAAAAUGACACCUUAACUCUGACGUCACCCAAGUUUUUUUUGAAGUUGGACUUGCCGCAUCCUGUGGAUCCGAAAAGAGGCGACGCUCAAUUCGAUAAAGACAGAGAGAGACUCGUAAUUACUCUGAUUAUGAACCGAGAGUUGGAUUUAGUUAAUUUUUAA